AUGGAUCCUCCUCCAUCGCAACCAGACCAGCCUGACGGCAUGGAGCUAGAUGUCACGAAGCCCAUCGACAAGAAGCCCAUCGACACGAAGCCCGUCGAUACGAAGCUCGUCGACACAAAGCCCAAAGAUCCUCAAGCCACCCCAUACAUCAAGGCUGAAAGAUCUCCAAGCCCACCUGGAGAGUGUUCGCCCAAAAGGCCCGACUUGCUGAUAGAAGACCUUGAAUUCUUGACUCAAAAGACUAUCCCGAAAAGAGUACCUGCCGCUGGAAGGAGUAUAACUGGUCUGCGGGCUUCAAACACAACUGCACAAUUUGAGCGAGCUCAUGUUCCAACUCGACCCUUCGACGACGACAACACUGGUACCCCCUAUCCAGACGAAGACAGUGCAGAUGAAAGACAAGAGAGGCUUGACGGCGAAGAUCUAGAUUUUAAGUUGGACGAGCACUCCGAACACGACAGUGAUGACGAUGUAGUUUUCGUCAAAACCGAAAAGUCAAGCAACAGCAAGAGCAACGGUUCUUUAGAGCCUACAACAAGACAGCCAGUUGUCAGGACAGCACGAGAGUACCGGCAGCGUGAGCUUCAGCGAGAAAAAGAGGCAGAAAACAAGAAACGCAAGCUCAAUGAAGAUCAAGAUGGCCCACGGAAAGUCCGGAAAGCAUCUACCAAGUCAUCUGCUGGCGAAGGUUCAAGAAAUCUUGCAGGUCUAAUGGCAAACUCGCUUCACGGUAUGGACGGCAUCGAUGAGAGUUUCGCCAAUGGUAGCGUGCCGAGUAUGGGUUCCAUUCAAGCAAGUUCCAAGUGGGACCAGGUCAAGCAGAUGAUUAACAGCGUCUGUAAAGAUCUCGACAAUCGACAAACAAAGACGCAAAAGGCAGAAUUGAAAGAAGCCAUGGUCAGUUUUGGCUAUCGCAAAGUUGAAGAAGCGAAUGGGAAGUGGAGACUCUCGGGCCUCAGUCUACGUAUGGAAAGCCAUCAGCUUACGGCAGCCCAAUGGAUGAUAAAGAGAGAGGCAAAGGAGCUUUCGCCUGCCGGGGGGAUUCUGGCCGACGAUACAGGUAUGGGAAAGACAAUCAGUACCCUUGCUUGUAUGGUCAGCCAUCCCGCUGAACCUCAGGAUAUUAGAGAGUUUAGCAGGGCAACAUUGGUCGUGUUGCCGAAUCGGGGUAUGGUCACACAGUGGGAAGGUCAGAUCGAAAAGUUCUGUUACUGCACAGAAGCCGCAGACACCCUUCGAUUUUCUAGAGCGCAGAACAAGAAGCCGCCGUGGUGGGGUGGUCAAUGGGUUGUUCUUACCACCUACGCUGAGCUUGUUUCCCAAUCUGUUAAGCCUGCAGUAAUCAACAGACUCAGAAGCGAGCACCGGAAUGAUGAGAAAGGUUUCAAAAAAGCGCUGGACAAAAAAUUGGGACUGCUAUUCAACGUCCGUUGGUACCGGGUGAUCUUGGAUGAGGGACAGGCUAUCAAGAACCGUGAAUCAAGCACCGCUUUGGCAUGCUGCCUUUUGACAGCCAAGUAUCGCUGGGUACUGACUGCGACCCCUAUUUCCAAUGGGCUUCAAGAGUUCUACCCUUACCUGAAGUUUAUUGGCUGUAGUUUCACCCAGACCCCGGCAGAAUUCGUCGAGCAGUACAUGACAGGCGAAAACGCGGAACAAAACAUUCGGUUUGUUGUCUGUAUGGUGAUGCUCCGACGAACUCACAAAGACACUUUUCUGGGCAAGAAAAUCACGAAUCUUCCGCCCAGCAAGUGCCACGACCUAUGGGUCACCCCUCCCAGCUGGGAGUUGACUCUGUCUCAGGCAAUGGAUAACCAACACCGUGUCAAAGGUCUCGAGGCUGAUGUCAAAAAAGAUACUGCCAACAACGAUGAUAUAUCAGGUGAGCUAGAAUUGACCGACAGCAAAGACGCCAAAUCCAUGACCGCACAGGUCACUAGAAUGAGACAAGCUGCGUCCCAUCCAUUCAACCUUGAGAAGUUUCUUCAAGAGAGCAAACACCAGGGUAAGAUCGAGUGGAUACUCGAACAGUACAAAGGGAACGCUCAGAAACCAAGUAUCGAUGCUGAACAGCAAGUCGAGGAUGCGAUUCAAUGGGAGCCGUUUUUGCCAGGACAGCACCAACUGGAAACGGAAUACCCAGAUGUAUCAGGUGACAUUACGGACAUGACCAAGCUACUUUCACUGGCGGCUAACGAACACAACAUCCAUGGGCUGGACUGUCCUCUCUGCGAUGAGGAAAUCGAACCGAAGAAAUUCUACAAAUCGAAAAACUGCGAGCAUGUUUAUUGUUCAGGCUGUGUUAAAUUUGGACUCAAAAAGGCGCGAGAAGGACGACCGGAAGACUCUCCUGACCAGUGCCUUGUAAAUGGUUGCUCUGUUGAACUGGUUAGAGCCAGUCCCCCUAAAACUCCACAGUGUAUCUUGAAAGCUGUGCGUGCGCUGAAAGACUACAAAGAGCCCGGGACAGACAGCAUCGGAUCUCAAUGGCUUGGUGAGGGCAAGGGAACUGAUUGUUUUUUUGCUGCCACUUGCGGCCGGGAGGACAUCGACUUCGAUCCAGUCAGGAUGCCUUGGGGAGCUAAACUGACUGCUACAGUUCAAGUGAUUCUAACAUGGCUGCAGAAGUCCCCCAACGACAAGAUCAUCGUUUUCAUCGAGUUUACCAUUACUGCAAAGGUGUUGGGAUGCAUAUUGGAAAGGCUAGGACUGGAGUUUCUCUACUACAACCAAAUCGCAAGUACCCAGGCUAAAAAGGACAAGGCAUACAGAAAAUUCCAGAAAGACCCCAAGGUCAGGAUUCUGGUUGCGUCGAUGAAAUGCGGAGGGACAGGGUUGAACCUCCAAGUCGCCAAUCUUGUCAUCAUCGAUGACAUCUGGUUUAAUACCACUGUCGAACAGCAAGCCUUUGGCCGUGUUCAUAGGAUUGGCCAGAAGAAAGAGACUAGACUGGUCCGGAUUCUGGCACGGGGCACCAUCGACGAGAGACUCAUCAUGUUGCAGGAUGCCAAGGCGGAAAUCGUCAGGCGUGUACUCCAAGACGACGGACAUGAGCCUACCUUUUCAGAUGACUUGCAACUGAGAAUGCUUCUCACGACCAAAGACAAAGACACUAUGGUCAACGACAUGGAGAAAGAAGCUGUCAAAAGAAAGGGCAGGCCAAAGAAGACUGCUGCCAAGGCGAGCGUCAAGAAAGGUGCCAAGACUGGCGUGGAGGCAAGGAAGACAAAGGUGAAAGCCAAAGUCACCAAGAAGGCUUGA